ACGUGACUUUUGUAAAAUCAAUGCAGGAAAUGUGAACACUCAUACGCUUUGGUUUCUAUUGUAUGGAUUGUCGAUAUUAUCAUUUUAACACAAAAAACUGUAAAGUUAUGAAUAACAGUUCUUUCUUUAUCAAGUUUAAAAUAACAUUUUUACUCGAAGGAUUUGUAAAAUUGACCAUUAACUAUGUCGAGUAUAAGUGAAUAUCAAUUUUUUAUGUACAUCUUUUGCCAAACCAAGUGAAAAAAACAGAUGGAACAGCGGAACAAAUUUGAAGCUUUCACUCUGUAGUACUUGAACUACAGAAGGAAUAGAGAAAGAAAUAAUUUUCUUUGCUCGUACAUGGAUGGGGCUCCAGAGUCGCCGGUAGCGGCCCUGACCGCGUCGCUGUCAUAUAGCGCUACAGUCGACAGAUGCGUGUCCGCAGUUGCAGUUCAGUAACAUUGCCACUUUUAGUGUGUGUGCUGCACUUAAUAUUAAACAGCAGUAUGUGCAGCGCGAGAUAUGAGUAAAAAACCAACGAUAUGAACUGUAAAUAAAAUUUGUCCGUCCGUUUUCGUUUUUGUACGAUAUUCGUUAGGAAAAGUCGCGCUCCGUCCAUUGCGAGCCUGUAAAGUGGCAGCAACAGACAAUCGAUCGAAACAAAUACCGCUACGGGAUGAGGGACGACGCGAACAACAUCAACAACAAGGCCCAGCUGCAUACGUGCGGCGAGCUCACGCCGGAGCAGAGCAAGUACGCCGCCGAACACUUGAACGAGAUUCUACCCGGACGAGAUCAAGUGAUAGAGGAUGUGCGACAGUGGCUAUUGUCUUGCGACGAUAUUAACGCUAGAACUGACGAUUUCUUCAUAGCUCGCUUUUUGAGAGGUUGCAAGUACAACGUCGACAAAACAAAGAAAAAGUUGAGAAAUUAUUACGUGCAGCGUUCACUGUCACCAGAAUGGUUUGCCAAUCGCGAUCCGUUUUUACCAGAAAUACAGGAAUUGCUAAAUCUGGGAGUUUUUUUGCCGUUGAGAAAAGUCGACGAUCAAGGAAGAAUGGUAAUCGUCAUCCGAGCCUGCAUACAUAAUCCAGUCAAGCACAAACAAGCCGAUGUCUUCAAGACGAGUAUGAUGAUACUGGACCUGGCGAUGCGCGACCACGUCACCUCGUCGCUGUACGGCCUGAUCGUGAUUCACGACAUGAAGGGCGUGCACUUCGGGCAUGCCCUGCAAAUGACGCCGGGCGUGAUCAAGCGCCUGGUGCACACCUGGCAGGGCUAUCCGAAUCGCCUCAACUCGCUCGACUACGUGAACGCGCCGACUCACGUCAACGUCAUUCUCAGCGUGUUCAAGCGCUUCAUGAGCAAGAAGCUCGGCGAGCGCAUGCACGUGCAUCCGGGCGACGGCAAGAGUCUGCUGCAGAAAUUGUCGCCCGAUCUCUUGCCGAAGGAGCUGGGAGGCAACGACAGCGAUUACGCCACUCUCAAAAGCUACUGGAAGCAGCAGGUCGAGGAAAAUAAGCAGUGGUUCGUGGAAGAUGAAAACUACAAGCUCAAAACUUGAUGAUACUCGCUUUGCAUGUGAUAUUUUACACGUUUAUUUUCAUACCGUUCUUUAGGCUAAUCGAUUUGUACUUUUAAGGAGUUGUAUUUGAUAAAAUUUUUUUAUUGAAACGCACAAAGAAUUAUAUUUCUGUUUUUUUUUAUUAAAGUAUUUUAUUUACG